AUGCACGGGGCUAUUCUGGGUCAAGAGAGCUACCGGCUCACAGGGUUACUAGAUAUUAGCAUGCACGGGGCUAUUCUGGGGCAAGAAACCUACCGGCUCACAGGGUUACUAGAUAUUAGCAUGCACAGGGCUAUUCUGGGUCAAGAGACCUACCGGCUCACAGGGUUACUAGAUAUUAGCAUGCACGGGGCUAUUCUGGGGCAAGAGACCUACCGGCUCACAGGGUUACUAGAUAUUAGCAUGCACGGGUCUAUCCUGGGGCAAGAGACCUACCGGCUCACAGGGUUACUAGAUAUUAGCAUGCACGGGGCUAUCCUGGGGCAAGAAACCUACUGGCUCACAGGGUUACUAGAUAUUAGCAUGCACGGGUCUAUCCUGGGGCAAGAAACCUACCGGCUCACAGGGUUACUAGAUAUUAGCAUGCACGGGGCUAUCCUGGGGCAAGAGUCCUACCGGCUCACAGGGUUACUAGAUAUUAGCAUGCACGGGGCUAUCCUGGGGCAAGAGACCUACCGGCUCACAGGGUUACUAGAUAUUAGCAUGCACGGGGCUAUACUGGGGCAAGAGACCUACCGGCUCACAGGGUUACUAGAUAUUAGCAUGCACAGGUUUAUCCUGGGGCAAGAGACCUACCGGCUCACAGGGUUACUAGAUAUUAGCAUGCACGGGGCUAUCCUGGGGCAAGAGUCCUACCGGAUCACAGGGUUACUAGAUAUUAGCAUGCACGGGUCUAUCCUGGGGCAAGAGACCUACCGGCUCACAGGGUUACUAGAUAUUAGCAUGCACAGAGCUAUUCUGGGGCAAGAGACCUACUGGCUCACAGGGUUACUAGAUAUUAACAUGCACAGAGCUAUUCUGGGGCAAGAGACCUACCGGCUCACAGGGUUACUAGAUAUUAGCAUGCAUUGGACUAUUCUGGGGCAAGAGUCCUACCGGCUCCCAGGGUUACUAGAUAUUAGCAUGCAUGGGACUAUUCUGGGGCAAGAGUCCUACCGGCUCCCAGGGUUACUAGAUAUUAGCAUGCAUGGGACUAUUCUGGGGCAAAGUUACAAGAUAUUAGCAUGCACAGGGCUAUUCUGGGGCAAGAGACCUACCAGCUCACAGUGUUACUAG